AUGUCACAAUCGAUGAAGCCAAGUCCGAACGGUAUGCGCUUCUAUGCUACACUUCAUCGCUACGUCACUUCGACAGAAUGCUCCCAGCACCGCUCUUCACGACCAUCAAUCGCUCGCCGUCGGGCUCCUUGCAGCCAUUCUUCCUCAUCAAGGCAGUACGCCUCUGCAGCCGCUGACAUAACUCCGCCAUCCUCCUCCAAUGCCAGAACACAUUAUUCCCUCUUCCCCAAGACUCUGCCACACGGCGCUCCUCCCCACGGACCAUUCGCUGUUGACAAUGCUGCACUCCGCAAGGAGUUUCUCCAGCUGCAAAGUGCAUACCAUCCUGAUAAGCACUCAGGUACCGACAAGCGGAAGGCCGAAGGUACUUCAGCCCUGAUAAAUGGGGCUUACAAGACCCUUCAAGAUCCCUUGACACGCGCCCAGUAUCUCCUAAGCCUGAGAGGGUUCGACAUAGCCGAUGAUGAGAGGGCAAAGACCGAGGACUUGGACCUACUAGAAGACGUGAUGGAAAUAAGAAGUCUGAUCGAGGGCGCCGAAGAGGAAACAGAGUUGGCGGAAACGCGACAACUCAACGAAAAGAGCAUAGAAGAGAGCAUCGAGGUUCUUGAUGAUGCCUUCAGGCGCGAUGAUAUAGAGGAAGCGAAGUUACAAGCCGUGAAAUUGAGAUAUUGGACGAAUAUAAAGGAGAGCUUGGAUUCAUGGGAGAAAGGAAAGCCGGUCAUUCUCGUUCAUUGA